UCAUUUUUCUUUCUUUUAAUUGCGCUUCUUUGUGAAGAUAUAAAGUAGUUGCUCAUCGUAGGGAGCAAGAGGAUGUGAAGAUAUCUUAAAACUUAAUCUUAAACAUCAAUCGUCCAAAAUUUCGUAAACAAACGUAGAAGUUUAAAUAUUGAUAAAUUUUCCUCCCUACGAAUUCAUUUGGCAUAUUACAAGUGGGAAAAGACUGCUCAUAGAAAAUUCAAGCAGUCAUAACUACAAACUAAACUAAGAAAGUUAUAUUCGGCGGGGGCCGAAUCGAAUUGGCGAGAAAAGCUAGUUGCUUUGCCCUGUUCGUUUUGAAUUUCGCCGGCUACACAUAUUAGGAACCGAAAUGGUGAUAUCAAUCCGUGAGAGUAGACGCAAGGCAGAAGAAGCGGCCAACUGGGUAAUGUCCACCAAAGCCGCGAAGAAAUCGGCAAAUGCGAAAAUUGACCAGUCGCCUGGCACGCCAGUGGUUGAAAAGAAAAAGUGUCAUAAACGGAAGCGGAAAAGCAAACUACCCAAAAAUUAUAAUGCUGAGAUACCACCAGAUCCCGAAAGAUGGUUGCCGAAGUAUGAACGCACUGGUUUCCGCAAGAGAUGUGACCAUCGCGCCAAGGAUAUUAUUAAAGGCUCUCAGGGCAUGUCCAGCCAAGCAGCUGAGCAAUAUGAUAUGUCUAAUCGGGCUAACGGGAAUAAGAGUUCGCCAGCUACUCCGGCUUAUCAGGAGCCUACUCCAGGACCACAUCAACCACGUCCCUAUCUCUCUCUCUCGCUGUCUCUGUGAAAACAAUUUAAAACCUUAUACCAAAAUUAUUUAAUCAAUAAACUCAUUCGAUAAACUGUAGAAUCGUUAACUCACAAUGGGUGAAGAACGCAUAAGUUACUGGAUAUCUAAGCUUUGCCUUAAGAUGAAUGUAACUUUUUUGCUGGAUUUUAAUAUACGUUUAUUCGAAUAUUUAACCCUUAAUAGAGUGAGGUUAUUUUAAAUUUAUUUAUCAGAACGUCCAAGAUAUUUCAUAAACUCUUUUGUCACUUCCUUUGUGUCAGAGUGAGCAUCAAAUAAAAGGGAUUGGAGCAUAGAAUGGGUAAAGCUAAGCAUAUGGUAUUUAUUUUCUUAAUAAUUGCCUCGAUACGAUUAUUAAGUAAGAAUGCUAGAAGAAUAGAAGGUCAAGGUAAGUGCAUUAAUUAUUUUCUUACAAAAAGACUUGGGGCGUAAGAUUUGCAAUUUUUUCUAAGCGCUCUGGGCUUUUGUGUUUCCGACACCGUUUAAAUAAUCUCGCAUACCCACCUCACCACUGUGCUUUUC